CCCCACCCCGACCUCCAGAUUAAAGAGGAUGGCAGUGCCGUAGACAACAUCGCUGACCUGGUGACGGUCCUGGCCAACAACACGCUGUAUUUCCAUCCUUUCCAAGUGCCGAGGUUCAGGGCCGAUGUCCACAAGCGUUCCUACCGAUGCCUGGCGUCGAAUGCUGGUGGAACCAUCGUCAGCAGCAACGUCACGGUCAAGGCUGGUGAGUUUUGA